CAGUCACAUGGUCCCCCUGGCUGCUAUAAAACAGUCACGAGACCUGAAUUCCUUGUCACUCGAUUCAACUCCUCACUCAGACAAGCGGCGCUCCCCUGUUCUAGAAAUUCAACUGAUAAUAAAGCUGUCAUCAUGAGACUCUUUAUCGCUGUCGUCUGCGUUGCCAUGGCAACGGCUUCUCCGCUGAUGAACCCCGAAUGGGAGGUCUUCAAGAAGGCCUACAACAGGGUGUACGCCGCUGAGGAGGAGUACGCCAGGCGCCUGAUCUUCGAGGACAAUCUGAAGACUAUCCAGAUGCACAACGAGGAGGCUGACCGCGGCCUGCACACCUUCAGACUGGGGGUCAACCAGUACGCUGACAUGACUCACAAGGAGUUCCUGGAAAACGUGAUCGGUGGGUGCCUAUUGGACACCAACACCAGCAAGUCCACUGCUGAUCACGUGCACGAGUAUGACCCCACUCUGACCGACGUGCCGGACACCGUGGACUGGAGGGACAAGGGAUACGUCACACCAGUCAAGAACCAGGCGCAAUGCGGCUCAUGCUGGGCAUUCAGUACAACCGGUUCUCUGGAGGGCCAGCAUUUCAAGGCAACCAACAAGUUGGUCUCCCUGAGCGAACAGAACCUGAUGGACUGCUCCCGUAAGGAGGGGAACCAGGGCUGCCAGGGCGGUCUGAUGGACCAGGCCUUCAAGUACAUCAAGACUAACGGUGGCAUCGAUACCGAGGAGUGCUACCCCUACAAGGCCAAGAACGAGCAGUGCAACUACCAGGCCAGCUGCAGCGGCGCUACCCUGUCCAGCUACACCGACGUCAAGAGUAAAGACGAGGACGCCCUGCAGCAGGCUGUCGCCACCGUCGGACCCAUCUCUGUCGCCAUCGACGCCGGACACUCAUCCUUCCAGCUCUACCACAGUGGCGUGUACCACAACUUCUUCUGCAGUGAAACCAGGCUGGACCACGGUGUGCUGGCGGUUGGCUAUGGUACCGAGGAGGGCAAGGACUACUGGCUCGUUAAGAACAGUUGGGGCGAGUCUUGGGGCGAGAAGGGCUACAUCAAGAUGUCCCGUAACAGGCACAACAACUGUGGCAUCGCCACCCAGGCCAGCUACCCAACAGUCUAAACUUUACACAGCAAAUCCCACAGAAUCAUAGACACAACAAAUGUAGCCUGGAAUUCAGAUUUUAAGAAUGAAGCAUGUUCCGAUUUUGAACUACUGUUGACGAAUACAAGAUGGUCGAUAAUUACUCGCAACUAUUCAAGAGUAAUAAGCCAACAGUUAAGAAAACGGAUCACACACAGUUCUACAUUCUUUUGAACUGUUGAGUAGAAUAGCUUAACGCAUUACUCGAUGUAGGAAAACGUUUCGAAGAUUUAAAAUCUAGCGACGUAUUAGAAACGCCCUGCCACAACACUGGGUGUUUGAAUGCUUAUUGUAAAAUGUAUGAAAAUACAAUUAUGUGAAUACUGAGUACUUGGUUAUCAAAUUUCUUAACUUUUAGUUUACACAGCUGUCGGGACACCUUUGCAAUAGUAAUACGGCACAACUAUCCCAUUAGUAUUGAGAAAAUGUUGAGCAUUUCUUAUUAGAAACAAUCGUGCUUUUAUAUCGCUAACUAGUCUAAAUUUUGUAGUUUAUCUCUUGUUAGAAAUGAUGUGUAGACUCUACAGAACAGCGCCUUUUCUUGCCUAGUAAAGAUUUCACUAAACUUUUA